UUAUCAGUUUAAAUAUUAGUCUUGGAAUUGAUUGAUCUUUUUGGACACACAAUUAAUUAAUUUAUUUUGUACUAAGUCGGUGGCCAAGAUGUCUGAGGGGGCCAAUGUAAGGCAAAAUUUACAAAAUAUACCCUCAAUCUUUGAAAUAUCUGCGGCUGAAACAUUGGACAAUCUCAUCUAUCCGGCCUUAAGUAAAAUAUUUGAUUUCUUGGGUCUGCGAUUGGACUUUAAGCUUUCGGAUACAAAGCGCAUUAGGGAAGAGAUAUCACCUAUAGUAACAUGGAUUCUGCAAUAUAUGUAUCUUCGCAAGCGGGGCUCUUCAUUUGGCGAAAGUUUUUACGGUUUGCAGAGGACACACACGACGACUGGUGAAUUGCUGAGCAGGCAGCAGGAACUAAUAUCUGCCUCACUGUUAACUUUACUACCAUAUGUCGAGCGUAAAUUAAGGACCAGAGUGCAAAAUGAUGAAGCUUCGGCCUGGGAGGAGUAUGCUUUGAAAAUGUUCAAUGCCUAUAAGGCCUCCAAGGCAAUACACACCUUCAUGUAUUUGGUUAAAUAUGCUGGAAGUCAUUCGCCCAUUUUUCGAGCUUUGAGGCUCACCUUACGCUAUCCCACAGAGCCGCCCAAGGAAGAUAAGGCAACCUAUAUUGUACUCAAGUUGUUGGAAGUAUUGGCCUUCUUUUUGCAAUUCAUACAAUGGUGGUAUUCGAAUGAGCAGAGACGUAAAAUAGGCGGUACUCUUCAAAAUCCCGAUGCCAUGGAGGAGAAUUCUGACAUACCCAAAAAAUGUGAUACACCGCCAGGAGAGUGUCCUAUAUGUUUGAUGAAAAUUGACAACCCUACGGCAUGUGCUGUAUCGGGCUAUGUUUAUUGUUGGAAAUGCAUAAUGACGCGUUUGAAAACUCAUCCCACAUGUCCGGUGACGGGUUAUGCCAUUAGUAUUGAUGAUCUUAUAAGAAUUUAUGAAUCGUAGUAUUAUUAGGCAAGGAUUUGUUAAAUGUUUAGAUAAGUUAAGGGAUUAAAAAUUUGGCUGUAUUGUAUGCAAAGAUAGCACAACGGUUUAGGGAUUAACUAUUUUAUACCAAAUACAAUGAUAUUAGCUACAAAAACAAUAAA